AUGACGGACGAACUCUUUGACGCGCGCAACGCCCUGGUGAUUGGGAACUACGACCAGGUCAUUUCCGAGUGCGGAAAUGUUCGGGCGUCACAGCCCAAAGGCGAGGACCUCGCGCGGUUUACCCUUGAGCAGGAACACCUCGUCGCCUGCGCUCAGAUCGGCCUGGGCCAGUACGACGGCGUCACACGGCGCUACCACACCGCAACAGACCCACGUCUUCGGGCUCUGUCCGACUACGCCAAGCUGUACGCCGAGAUGGGGAAGGACCCCUUGCGGGUAGAUUUGAACACGGCGCUGAGUCCUGCCGCACAGGAGGCCCUGACGCGUCUGACCACCGCGGCGGCGGAGCCGAAGCCUCGGCAGCUUUCCAUCGCGAUCCUCGCCGGAUCGGCGCUGCUGCUGGUUCACGACUACGGCGCCGCGGUGGUGCUUGCGCGGAAGUGGUUAAAAGAGCUUGAGGCGCCGAACAGCGCGCUCGAAGCGCAUCAACAUAUUGAGCUCCAUGCGCUUAUUGUGGAGGGCCUCAUCCAGCUUAACCAAAUAGACCAGACUGGCUGCGAGGUCGCGGCAAUGGAGAAGGUGAACGAUGAGGCUUUGAUCACCCUGCUCUACAUCGGUAUCCAUGCGCUGUACGUAGCUCAGAAGACCCAGCAAAAGGAGUUUUAUCAGAAAGCCCUCGACUCGUUUACGGAUGUUAUAGAGCGCACCGGUAAUACCGUAAGACUUUUAAAUUUAAUCGCUCUUUCUCUUAUGGGAUUGCAGAUGUACGACAAGGCGAAAAGAGCCUUGCUAGACGCGCUCUCUAUCAAAUCGAGUGACGAGAACACGUUGGUGAACCUGGCGGUGGUUUCAGCUCAUUUAGAAAGUCAAGAUGAUGAGAUGGAACGGUACCUUACAGAAGCGUCAAGUGUAGGUGGUUUUUGGGGUAAGCAGUAUGCGCACAUGUCGGACAUUUUUGAUAUGGCGGCAGCUAACCACAUGGGGAAAUGA